AUGGCGAAGGAAUGGUUGGCAUUAGACGCGAACUGGCACGAUCCACAGGCUGCCUUUGACACCUUCCGCAGGCGCGUCUUUGAUUACAUGUGCGAAGGUGGCACGUGGGCGUGCUGCACUGCGGGUGUGCGCGACGUCAGCUGUCGCGAUCCACCCAAGCCCAUGCAAGACGUCAUCUUCACCCUCAUGGAUCCCACUGAGAACAUGCCCGUCAUUUUUCUCUUCUGGUGGUGCGCAAACGUACGUUUCUCCCAUCCCUGUUUCAUCUUCUUCUCAUGGGUGACCUUCCGUCGAAUGGAUUCCAGCGGGGACGCCUUCAUUGCUCUCCAGCUGAAAAGGAGUAUCCUCCAAUUCUGCCCCUCUCCGUGUCUGGCUAAGCCCUGCCGGUGGAUUUCUGGUGUAGACAUGCCUAAUGUUUGCAAAGUGGUUGGACCCUUUGAGGACGAUUAUGAGUGCAUCUGCCGCAGAGAAUUUGUGUGGGAUCAAGAUACAAGGACAUGCAAAGCAAUCAAUCCCUGUUUCGUCCCUAUUUACGCCCCCUGCUCCACAGUGGGAACACUUACCUGUGUGGCGCUGGAUAUGCAACAUGCAAAAUGUAUCUGCAAAGCGGGAUAUAUGGGGAAGGACUGUGCCCAACCUAGAAAUGCCUGUCUUAAGCGGUUCAACGAGACUGAACCAAAUGGCAACACAAAUUGUGGCGUUGCACACGGGAACCUGUGCAAUCCUGUGUUGGGUACAGAUUUUUACAAAUGCAUUUGUACUACAGGAUGGAUUCCAUCUUCUCAACUACCAUACGAUAACUGCGCUCUUUUGAAUGAUCCCUGUGGAACCGUAACAAUGGAGGAAGAGGAGGCAGGAGCGAAAGAUGGGACGGAAAUAACUACCCCAAAAGUACUUGAAAGCAUUAGUUGCCAGCAUGGAGGCUAUUGCAUCAGUUCGGCCGACUUUAGUAGAGCGGCUUGUCUAUGUCCAACCACCGUAUGGGGUGAUCAAAUGUAUACGGGUAAGUGA